GAUGCUUCUAACGAGUGAAAUUGAUGAAGUUUUAACUCCAUUGAAGAGAGACGAUGUAGAGACCGCCGAUGAACGUCGAGAGAGGAACAAGCGUAUGUUAAAGACAAUUUCGGAAACUAUAAACAAUACACAGAAUCAAAAACCUUGGAUAGAAAGAGUUUUCAACAAAAGAGAAUGUUGCGAGUUUAUACCAGCUAUUAAAGACCGUAAUCGUUGUGGAUGCGGUAGACUUUGUACAGAUCAUAGUUUUCUGAACUUGAAGAGAGAUGCAACAGCAAUUUCUCCUUCAUUCUCAGGCGAUAGCAGAUGGAUUCCAAAGAAACACUCAAUUCUUAUGCCUACAGAUGCCUAUGGCGUUAUAGAAUUUGAAGGCGGUUGCCAUCCAAGUAAGGCCCAGUACGUUCGUCUUGCGCACGAUACCUCGGCAGAAAACAUUAUAAGACUCUUACAGACCCAGUGGGGUUUGGGAGUAAUGAAACACGUUGGUGAAGCUCUUGGUGACACGCUUAGUCAAUCCCGAAAUAAAAUUGUUACUAUCGGUAUAGCUCCUUGGGGCGUCAUUGAAAACAAAAAUGAAUUAAUUAGUAGAGAUAAAGUUAUAUCUUAUCACGCUGGUUCUUCAUCCAAGUCAAAUUCUGUAAUGCUAAAUUCAAAUCACGCUUAUUUCCUUUUGGUCGAUAAUGGAACGGACGGAAAAUUUGGUAGUGAUAUUGCUUUGAGGAAGAAACUUGAAAAAUUUAUAUCCCAACAGAAGAUUAUAACAAGGAGUGGAGUUAAAAAUUAUAGCACUCCGGUCGUUUGUUUAACUCUUGAAGGUGGAACAAACACAAUACGAAACGUUCUCGAAUAUUCAACUGAUAAACCACCAGUACCUGUUGUUGUUUGUGAUGGAAGUGGUAGAGCGUCUGAUCUUUUAGCCUUUGCUCAUAAAUUUACGAAGGAUGAAGAAUCACUUCAAGAUGGUUUAAAAGAUCAAUUAAUUCUUACAAUUGAGAAAACUUUUAAAUACUCUCGCGAUUCUGCUGAACAGUUGUUGCUAGAAUUAUUAGUCUGCGUUAGGAAAAAAGAUCUGAUUACCGUCUUCAGGCUUACUGAAGGCAGUCAAGAUAUUGAUUUAGCUAUUCUCGGUGCUUUACUAUUAGCACAAAAAGCGAGUGCUGUUGAUCAGCUAAGUCUAGCAUUGACAUGGAAUAGAGUAGAUAUAGCCCGAAGUCACAUCUUUGCGUGCGUUCAAGAAUGGCCUACAGGAGCACUUGAUCAGGCAAUGAUGGACGCUCUUGUGCAAGAUAGAGUCGAUUUUGUUCAAUUACUCUUGGAAAACGGAAAACAAGACACGUCCAGUACAACUUUUCGACUCAUUAUGAAAGAUGUGAGAAAAUCGUAUGCACCUGGCUACCGUUACACCUUGUUCGAUGUUGGACAAGUUAUCGAACGCUUAAUGGGUGGAGCAUAUAGAGCUACAUACUGUCGAAAACAUUUUCGAAAUAUCUAUAAUACUGUUGUUAAGAAGAAGAGCUCUUCUACUGCUGGAAUUGGUGGAACGAAUUUAAGUAAAAAGGUUGAAGAUACAAUGGUUCAGAAUAUCAGCAGUAUUUUACAACUGAGCGAUAUACCUCUCGGAACAAUCGAUAUGCAAGUAUUAGAGAAUGACGCUUUGAAAUAUCCCUUCCAUGAAUUAAUGGUUUGGGCUGUUUUAAUGAGAAGAUAUAAAAUGGCUAAAUUCAUGUGGCAACAUGGGGAAGAAGCCUUGGCAAAAGCUUUAAUUGCCUGUAAAUUGCUCAAAGCAAUGGCUCAUGAAGCGGCUCAGGAUGAAUUAGAAUUUGAUGUUGCGAAUGAAAUUAGAGGAGCUAGUAGAGAAUUUGGAGAAUUGGCAUUGGAGUUAUUAGAAUACUGCCAUAAAACUGAUGACGACGUUACUCAGAGUAUUUUAACAUACGAACUCAGAAAUUGGAGUGAUCAGACUUGCUUAAGUCUUGCAUACGCCGCUGGACUAAGAGAAUUCAUAGCUAAUUCGUGCUGCCAGAUUUUACUUACAGAAAUGUGGAUGGGGGCCUUACGUAUGCGUAAGUACAUGACUUUAAAGGUGAUACUAGGGAUCGUCUUCUUACCUGCAGUUUUUCUUAUGGAAUAUAAAUCAAAAGAGGAAUUACAGCUGAUGCCACAAACCGUCGAAGAACAUGAGAAGAACGAUUCCGAUUCAGAGACAUCGGAGACAAACGAAGAAGAGGUCACUGAUACAAAGGGAAAUAGUAACAAGAAUAGUACCAGUGUAAAUCAAUCAGCCUCUCUUAUAAAAGGAAUUAAUAGAGAUACCAGUGAUAAUCUUAUUGUUAGCGAUACAUCAAUAAUAGGUGGAAAGUAUACAAAGAAAACUUCUUACAAUAAGAAAAGUCCUCUAAGACUGGGAAAGAAGAUCUAUGAAUUUUAUACAGCACCUGUAACAAAAUUUUGGUCGCAUACGCUUGCCUACAUUGUUUUUAUGAUCGUAUUCACCUAUGUUGUAUUGGUUCGAAUGGAUCGCCACGUUGAAUUGCAAGAAGCCUACGUAAUAACCUAUGUGUUUACUUUGGCAAUUGAAAAAACCAGAGAGGUCAUUUCCUCGGAACCGGUAAAACUCUCUCAAAAAAUUCUAGUCUACUUUUCCGAGUUUUGGAACAUAUGCGAUACACUUGCUAUUAUUCUUUUUAUUAUAGGCGUUUCUUUUAGACUGAAUCCCGACACAAAAGCUAUUGGAAAAGUGAUCUAUUCUGUCGAUAUAAUAUUAUGGUACAUAAGAAUUUUAGAUAUUUUUAGUGUGAACAAAUAUUUGGGUCCUUACGUAAUGAUGAUUGGAAAGAUGGUAAAGGACAUGCUUUAUUUUAUUGUUAUUCUUUUGGUUGUAUUAAUGAGCUUUGGUGUGGCACGUCAGUCUAUAACUUAUCCCAAUCAGGACCCUGAUUGGUCUUUACUAAAGCAUAUUUUUUUAAAACCCUAUUUUAUGUUAUACGGGGAAGUCUAUGCAGGAGAAAUUGAUCCUGCUGAUUGCGUAAAUAAUCCACAAAGUAAAGAUGAUAUUAAAUGUGUUCCCGGUAUGUGGAUAACGCCCGCAAUAAUGACAAUUUUUCUGAUAGUUGCAAAUAUUCUUCUUAUUAAUCUUCUUAUUGCCGUUUUCAAUAACACUUUUAACCGUGUCAAUGCAAUAUCAACUGCAAUCUGGAAAUUCCAGAGAUAUAAUUUGGUGAUAGAAUAUGAAAUGAAACCUCUUCUACCGCCCCCCGUAAUAGUUUUUUCUCAUAUUUUUCUUGCCAUAAAAUAUUUUAAAGGACGAUGUAGGGGCCAACGAGAAUUUUUCGAUAACGGAUUAAAGCUUUUCCUUGGGAAGGAGGAGGUGGAAAGAUUGCAUGAUUUCGAAGAAGAAUGCGUUGAUGAAUAUUUCAGAAAGAAAGAAUCUCACUUUCAAUCUUCCACCGAGCAAAAGAUAAGGGCAACUGAUGAACGAGUCGAGAAUAUUGCAUUAAAAGUCGAUGAUAUGAAUACAAAAGAAAAUUCGAUGAUGUUGUCUUUACAAACUGUUGAUUUUCGUUUAGCUAAAUUAGAAGAGAUAACUUUACAGACGGCAGAAACUAUAGCUUUCUUGGCAAGAAAGUUUGGUGAUGAUGAAAAUAUACAAGAAAGUCAAAAACGAAAGAAGAAAUUAUCUGGUCCUCGUCUGGAAAGAUCUGUAACUAUUGCUGAGCCACCUGCAUCGUCUUCAUCACAUGUUUUAGAUAGUUUUUCUUUACUACCCCCUUUACAUUCUCACGGCUUAAAUGCAGUGGAGAUGAAGAUUGGGAGUCGACGAACGAAAGGCCCUUAUCCGGCCAGCGAGUUAUAUCAAAGACGGCGUGUUAGGGCGUUAAAUCGCCUAAAAUACAAACAGAGCGAAGAACCUGAAGCGAUAAAAAAAGCGCGAACAGCUUCUGAAAGGAGAAAGUCGACAAGAGACAGUAGGCAAAGUUCAAAAGUCCUUUUUAGUGAUGAUUCGUCUCCGUGUAUAUCCCCAUCUAACUCGCCUCCUAGAGGACGACGUCGCACGCCUAGUGAAAGCUCAACAACGCGACAUUUCCACUGGAAAGUUGGAAACUCAAAUAAGAAAUCAGAAGAUAUUCAAUCUAAUACAGAUAAUAGAACAUCUGCCAUACCAGUACCAUUUACGCCUAUUAUAACGCCUGUACGUCAAGAAUAUUCUUCGAUAACGGACGAAAUUGAUACAUCUUGCCUAAACUACGUGUCUCCUAAUAACUCGCCGAACACACCUAGACAGCACAUUUUUGAAAGGCAUACGAUGCGAGGAGCGGAAGAAACCGAGCAUGCUGAAAUGGAAAAGUCAUUUAGGAAACGUUUGCAUCAAAUUUCUUUAACUGAGAGCGAUAGUAUUGCUGAUAUGGCAAUGUUUGCUCUAGAAGUUCACGAAAACCAAUCACCUAACCAUUCGCCGCUGUCAAAGAUGAAAUCCUGUUACUCUCUUGAAGAUCGACUUUCAUGGGAUGAGGAAAAUACUCUUUGUAAAAGUAGAUCCGAUCCCUGCUUUAACCCUGAAGAUCAGCGAAGUGAAGCUGAGCAAGAGCAUAUUUGCUAA